AACGCUCAGGACUGGUCGCAAAUUAACCUUACAUGUAUGUUUUUGGAAUGUGUGAGGAAAACCACGUACGCACGGAAAGAACAUGGAAAUUCUCCUGACUGUGUGGCCAACAUGCUAACCACUUGCCCAUGUAACGGGGAUACAGGACAUAACAGUCACCAUUACGACUGCACUUGAACGCCUCAUGGCACGAGGAGAACAACUGAGCUGAAAGGAGACAGGACGUGGAUGUUAGUCAUUGCUCUGUGCAUUAUAAGAACAAAUAAGUAGGUUUAAUGACUACUUUGUGAAUUAAUAGUGUUUUUAUUUGAUUUAUAUUGGUGUUCCAAGCUAUAUUGGUGACAAUGUGAGUGGGGGUUCCCCCGAAAAAUGAGGAUUUAUCGUUGUCUGUAUCUGUUUAGCAUAAUGCUUUGUCAUGCUAACCUUUCCCCUUCAGUUUGGUAUUAAAUUAAUAUGCAGAUUUAAACCACAGCCACCGUAAGUGGACCAAAAGUGACGCUCAAAUUCAACCCAUUCAAACGGAAGGAUUCCAAUAUCAGACUGGAACAAAAGUAGGAUUAUUUUUCUAUAAGGAAUCAUGUGAAACUUUCUCAAAAAUGUCACUAUGCGAAAUAUACAUCUGACACGGAAGUACUAUCAAAUGAAUAGACCAAUUAAUUAUGUUGGAUACUUCAAGUUAAUGAAGAUAAAAAGGUGACUUUUCUGCUUCUAAAAGAGAGAAGCGUAAAAAACAAACUUUCUUUCGGAUACAUGAACACCACAUGACCUUUGUCUAUUAUUUUGAUUCUUAUUGAAAGUAGACCUAGCCGCUAUUGUGCUGAAGGUCCCCACCUAGUGAUCAGUUGAUGAGCAGGGCGUUGGCGUGUAAACCGAUCCAGGUUCUCAGCUCCUCAGGGGAGGCUGAAAGAGAAAAGGCGGCCUAUUUGGGCAUAAAGAAAAACGUCCAGCGUGGAGCUACUCACAUCUUUCAGGUGAGGCUGACCUGAUGGAGCAUCUCCAGGUGUUCAUGGCGCUGCUCGCCCUCGCCACUGCCCAGAACAUCACACACAGCUCUCAGGAUCAUCCAUCUUACCUGCUGCUGGCUCCUACCUACCUUCAAGAAGCUCGUCCAACAUCCUUGUCCAUGACCAUCUUGAUUCCUACUCCCGUCCUGGUGUCUGCUCGCAUCCUUCAUGACACCCAUGUGGUGGCCUCAGAGUCCGUCACAGUGGAAGGAGGUUCCACUCGGCUCCUGACUCUUUCACCUGUCAACAUCAGCGAGUCCAGUUACCAGCAGCCCUACAUCCUGGAGGUCACAGGUUACGUGGACGGCACACAGGUUUUGUACAACAGCACACAUCUGUACUUUCAGCAGAAAGAUCUCUGCACCACCUUCAUCAAGACAGACAAGAUCAACUACUAUCCGGGUGAGGCGGUCCGCAUCAGGACUGUGUCCGUUCAGACCGACGGGAAGGCCUGCGGCAGCUCCGUGGACAUUGUGGUCAAGGACCCGCGAGGGAACCUGCUCAGGCAGUGGCGGUCUGUGGAGGCGGUCCUGGGGGUGGUCUCCAGAGAGUUCCGUCUGUCUGAGAAGCCGCCGCUGGGCCAGUGGACCAUCUGCGCGCUGGUGGACGGGGCCACCGUCUACAGAAACAUCCAUGUGCUUGAUCACGAGACACCAAAGUUCCUGGUGCUGCUGGAUGUUCCUUCCAUGAUACAUCACGAGGACACGCUGCAGGGCGCCGUCACGGCAAAGUACAUGUCCGGGCGGCCCGUGAAAGGACACGCCAACAUCACCUUGAUGCAUCGCUCCCACGGAUAUCAAGAUGCUUAUGAUCAACUCACACAGAUCGAUGGCAGCGCUGACUUCAAAUUUGUGCUUCCUAACUUCCAUCCCAGGAUCACUAGAUCUUCCUACAGUGGAAGCUACAUGGAGGAAGAAUCCCUAAAGAUCACAGUCAACGUGACUGAUCAUGUGACAGGUGUGACCCAUGGGGCCAGCGCCAAGGUGUACGUGUCCAUGCAGAGGUACAAGCUGUCCUUCAGCGGUUAUCCAAAAGUACUGAAGCCAUCCAUGAGCUUUACAGCCAAAGUGCAAAUAUACAAGUACAACUAUGAGCCCUUGUCCAUGGAGGACCUCCAAAAGACACUCAUGGUGUCCGUGAUGCAGUACCGGGCGUGGAACAUGGACGCUGGGGACCAGUUGGUUCCCAGAAUGCAUCCACAUGAUUAUAUGGAGCAGACGUCCUCCCAGGACCUGGACUUUACCAUCCCCGAGGACGGUGUGGUGGUCCUCAACUUCCUGCUCAAGAACGACACAACAAGUCUGACCAUCGAUGCGUCCCUGGAGGACAGCCACAAUAUGCUCCGGCUGGACACCUACUACAAGUCCCCCAGUCGGUCCUACGUCCAGAUCCAUAAAUACUCGGACAGCGCUGAGGUGGGUUCCCCCUUCAUGCUGCACGUGGACAGCAGCUUCCCGCUGAUGGGGGGCGUUCACUACGUGGUCAAGUCCAGAGGUCAAAUUAUUUCUGCUGGGAAGAGUUCUGCUCAUCUCACGCUGACUCCGGAGUCCUCCUGGGCGCCGAUGGUGGCCAUCGUUGUCUUCGCGGUGAGACCAGACGGCGAGGUCGUCAACGACAUGGUCCGGCUGCACAUCACUCCAUAUCUACCCAACCAGGUGUCUCUGAAAUGGAGCGAACCAAAGACCAGACCCGGCAGCGAGGUCACGCUCACGGUGUCCGUAGAAGAGCCCGGAUCUUUGGUUGGGAUCUUGGUGCAGGACAAGGCAACAGAGUGGGCGGGGCCAUACUAUGACAUGACAAAGGACCAGGACUAUGGCGCCUCCAUGGAGACCUAUUAUCCUGACGCCCUGAAGAUGGGAGAUCCGUUCUCUGUCUUUAUGUUGUGUCACCUUCUGGUUUUGACCGACUCUACGCUCCACGCUUACCAUCCUGGGCUGAAGGACCAUGCAGGUGAGGAAGACUACUCCAUGUUCAGCAUGGACUCCGAGUACCACAGUGGACAAGAGUGGGAGCCUCCAGAGAUCGGGAGUUCUCCGGAGACGUGGAUCUGGAUGGAGACAUCCACAGGCGAGUCCCGGUCGGCGGACAUCACAGUGACGGUUCCUGACAGCGUCACCACAUGGACCGCCGUCGCCUUCGUCAUGUCGCAGAACCUCGGCCUCGGCAUCACCGAGCGGCCCGCGCAGCUGACCGUCUACAAGGAGUUCUUCCUGUCCUUGAACCUGCCACCUGCCAUCAUCAGAGGGGAGGAGCUUCUGCUGGAGGUCGUCCUCUACAACGACCUCUAUCAGGACCUGCAGCUGAUGGUCGUGGUCGCUCAGAGUGAAACCUUUGAGUUCAUCUUCCCGGACGACGAGCAGCUCGCCAUGCCGGGCGUGAGGCGGGUGUCCUUGGCCGGGAAGAGCGCCACCUCCGUCCUCGUUCCCAUCAGGCCGCUGGUCCUGGGCGAGAUCCCCAUCUUGGUGAAGGCCAGCUCGUCUGUGGCGUCCGACACCUUCCGAGGGAAAGUCCUGGUCAAGCCCGAAGGCAUUGAGCAAACGUUCUCCACUUCGAGGCUGUUGGACGUUCCACCAAUGCAGUCGGAAGCGUUGACGUUCACGUUCCCUGACGGCGUGGUGGCAGGAAGCGAGACAGCCUGGCUGACGCUGGUCGGCGACAUCCUGGGCCCGUCCAUCAGCGGUCUGGACUCUCUGAUCCAGAUGCCAAACGGAUGCGGGGAACAGAACAUGAUCCACUUUGCUCCAAACAUCUACGUCCUCCAGUACCUGAGCGCCAGCAGGCAGGCCGAGCAGGAAAUGACGGACCGGGCCGUGGCGUACAUGAUGACAGGUUAUGAGCGAGAGCUGUCCUACCAGCGAGCAGAUGGCUCCUUCAGCGCCUUCGGAGAGCAGGACUCGUCAGGAAGCACGUGGCUGUCCGCCUUCGUCCUGAGAUGUUUCCUUCAGGCGCGCCCGUUCAUCAGCAUAGAAGAACACGUGCUGUACGCCAUUGCCGCCUGGCUGGGAAACCAGCAGGGGGCGGACGGCGUCUACGAGGAGCCCGGACGCGUCAUCCACACGGAGCUCCAAGGAGGUCUGGACGGGCCCGUCUCCCUCACGGCCUACGUCCUUAUCGCCCUGCUGGAGGACCCGAACAUCAAGGCCCAGUACGCCUCCCAGGUGUCGGCAGCGCUGAUGUUCUUGGAGACGCGUCUGGUUCUGGGCGUGUCCAGUAACUACAGCCUCAGCCUGCUCACCUACGCCUUGGCGCUAGACGGCAGCGCCAACGCCCACGUGGCGCUGGAUGAGAUGAUGGGUCGAGCUGACAUGACGGAUGGCGUGCCGAGGUGGACGUCACCUGGCAGCGGCCUGGCGGAGUCAUGGCAGCCUCGCACGACCGAUAUCGAGAUGGCGUCCUACGUGCUGCUGAGUCUGCACAUGACGGACCGCCUGGCCGAGGGCGUCGGCCUGGUGAAGUGGCUCGGCCGCCAACGCAACCCGGGCGGGGGAUUCGGGAGCACUCAGGACACGGUGGUGGCACUCCAGGCUUUGUCCGUGUCCGCAGUCCAUCUCGACCGUGACGUCAACCUCACCGUCAGCGUCAACGGCGCCGUCUUCCACAUCCACCAGAACAACCGCAUGCUCCAGCAGAAGCAGCAGGUGGACGUACAGGACACGCUCAACCUGGCGCUGUCGGCGGAGGGUCACGGCCUCGCCUUCCUUCAGCUCAACGUCUUCUACAACGUGAGGGCGGAGGAGGCGAUGCGACGAAGACGAGACCCCAGCGAGCACGAAGCGUUUGACGUGCGUGUGCGCCUCUUUGACGAGCCCACGAACCCACGCGCGCACCUGGAGGUGUGCUGCAGCCUUUGGAGUGGGCGGGGCCUGAACGCCACGGGCAUGUCCAUCAUGGAGGUCGGUCUGCUGAGCGGCUUCAGCAUCCCGCCGGACGCCAUCCGCCUGGAUCGCGUCGUCAAGAAGGUGGAGACGCAAGCGGGGAAGGUCAUCCUCUACCUGGACUUGGUGACAACGGAGAAGAUGUGCGUGAUGAUCCCGUUCUUGGUGGACGUGAAGGUGGCCCGGGUUCGCCAAGCGUCGGUGCUGGUCUAUGAUUACUACGAGCCACGCCGCAAGUCGGUGAGGGUGUACGAGUCAAGAUGGCGACAGGAAGUGACCUCGUGCUCCUUCUGUGGUGACGACUGUCGCCUGUGCACUGACUGGCCAGAGGUCAGCUCCGCCGCACGCUUUAGAGUCCGCCCCCUUCACGCCCUCUUCCUCCUCCUCCUCCUCACACUCCUGUGAUGUCACCUCAUCUUCAUCAUCAUCAUCAUUUAUUUUGUGUGUGUCUGAUCAAUCAAUCAAUGGGAUUUGUUGUCUUGAGUUUUGGAAGUUCUUUCCUCGGCCAGCAGGCGGCAGCCUCGGCCAACCUUUCAAUGACGUCACUAAGGUUCAGUGAUCUUAGUCGCCAUGACUACCAAUGAAUUACAAAUAUGUGUACAUCGCUGCCAAUAAAAUUCA